AUGACCAUACGGUACUGGCACCCGCCACGGAAUGAUCUAGCACGACUGAAGCAACCGGAUGUCGCCGAAAGCUAUGCGUUAUCUCUUGAAACCGCGCUGCCGGAAGAGGGAAAGAUGAUUGCUAGGUUCGGAAUUGUGCUAACCGUGGCCCUGUGUGGCUUUUUCCUGCAACUUCAUGGUGUGCCUGUGUCCUUCGAAAAUGAUAACGUAUCACAAUCAUUGGAACCACUCUUCAGUUCAAGCAGCGAAGAAAGUGAUAGCGAAGGAAGUGAGUCGCUGAACGGCACCGCACCGAACGGAACCCAUCAGGAAUUAUACGUCGUCAAAGCUAUUGUGUACGAAGUAGGCAUCCUAGUGAACGUGCCGGACAAUGAAACUGACCAAGAGCUUAGCAAUGAGGAACAGGUCGACGUAACAUUCUACAGCUCAUCUUCAAACAAAUCGCACAUUAACCUGGGUGACAUUCCGCUACCGGUGGUGACCAGCGUCAACGGACAGGUGCUGACCGGUAUCGCUCCCGUGCAUGUGGGUGCCGUUUCCGAUCUGUCCGAAGUACUGCAGACACUUCCGUUCACCGGCUCGAUUGUUAACAUCACACAAACCAACAGCUCGUACGUCGAACUUUCGAAGCACAACAUCAGCAGUUUGGACGACUCGGCGUCGGUCGUUAGCAUUGCCGAUUUGGCAAGCUUGCCCAUUAAGUCGCCGGCUAGUCACCCCCUAAUACCGACCUCGCUGGAUGAUACCAUUAGCCAUCUGGCAGAAGUGCACUAG